AUGGCUUCCUGGAUCUCAAACAUGCGUGGCUUCGGUCGUCAAAACAACAAGACAAAUCCAAACAAACCCACCACUCCCUCGCCCACCAUGCAGAGUCCAGCAAGCCUGGCUCCUUCUUCUGCACAACAAAUGCCCCUAUCGCCAGGCCUCUCCGCUACAGCCAUGUCCUUCGAAUCAAGAGAGCCCAGCGCCGAGCCCCUCUCCAACCAGAGACCACCCUUCUUCUUCCGCGAGCAAUACGCCAACCUGAUCGUCAAGGGCAACUUCAUGACCCUUGCUGCCAAACCCGUCCUCGUAGAAGAGGGUGAAUGGUUGUCACAUCAAGUUGUCGAGCAGAACCGCCUGCUAGAUGGCAUGCUCAAGAUCAUCCAAGAAGCCGAUCGUAACACCGGUGUACCCAUCUGCAACCAGCAGACCUGCCCGGCCAUGAGCGCAGGCGCCAUGACCUACACCUGGCUCGACGCCAAACGCGAGAGCGUCCGCGUCCCCGCCCCCCAAUACAUCUCCUACGUCCAGAAGUGGAUCGCCGGCAAGAUUACAGAUCCCAGCAUCUUCCCCACAGAUACCUUCAUCAGCGCCCCGCCAGCACUGUCCGCCUCAGAUCCCAACAACUGGCUGGGCAAGGCCUCAGGCUUCCCUCCCCAAUUCGCCAACGACAUCCGCAACAUCUACCGUCAGAUGCUUCGUUGUUACGCUCACAUCUACCACGCCCACUGGCUCGAGUUCUGGCACCUGGGUGCCUACAAGGAGCUCAACACCUGCUUCAUCCAUUUCGUAAACGUGGGAAGACUGUUUGGUUUGCUGGGUGACAAGGAGUUGGAACCAAUGGCUCCUCUUCUCGACAUCUGGCUCGAGAAGGGCUGGAUGGCUCCUCGCCCCACCAGCUCAGGCGGCAUGAGCACAAAGUCUGCCAACCCGUCUCAGCAGCAGCAGCAGCAGCAGCAGCAGUCCAUGGCCAACUAG